GCGGUUCACAGUGGCUGCACAUUUCUCUCUGUGCUCAUUGGCAUUGCGUGCGUUUCGCUGAACGGUCGCUGGAACGUUUCGGGAUAUUACGGGACAAACCCCACAGUGUUCUCUUCCAGUAGUGGAGCAGAUUUUUUUCGGUAGCUAUUUGUAUAUACAGUUUUUCCAUUGUAGGGAUAGGUCUUGAGGCUGGAUAGAUGCUCGAGAACAAUUAUUCGCGUUUACAGAUGUAAGUCAAGUCCAGAUGUAGACACGUUUCUUCCAUCUGGAAUUCAGAAUAGCACAAAAGGAAAAAAAUAUUAUAAGUGUCUCUCAAGUGGAGGAGUAUUCCACAUUUACGACCAGAGAGAAUACGGUAGUGAUAAGCAGGUUGUAGAUUGGGCAACACAGCAAAAGUGGUUUACUGGGAAAAAUCGAUUCGUACUGUGGGGUAUUUUCAGCUGGUGAGUGUGGUGCGUAUUAGGGAGCGAUCCGGGAAAACGAAAGGAAUUACGCCUCUGAUACGUUGUGAUAAACUUAGGAUGUUGCAUUAUGUGUUACUGCUGCAAUCGUAAAGAAAAGUGACUAUUUUCCAUAAGAAACGAAGAAAAACAGUGAAAUUAGAAAAAACGUCUUCUUGGGUGCGGUGCAUAUGUGAGCACUAAAAUACGAAUGAAGAGAAAUUGCCAUAAAACAAGUGUGGCCUAACAGUGAGAACCUAAUUCAAAGUAAUGCUAUGCAAUUGAUCAAUUGGCAAUAAAUGGCUGAAGUUUUUUCGAGGGGUAAUCAAAGCUGCUUACCUUGGAUGGGUCGAGUCUGAAGAAUACACAAGCACCGAGAGAUGCUGGGUUUGAGUGAAUUGUGAAACCAACUGCUAGUCGUCGCUGCUUUGUUGAUCGCUUGGAUUAACCACUCAGUACGACCUUCUACUAGUACUGGAAGCCAUAGAGGAAAGAAUAAACAAAAGUGAACUCGAAGUGGACUGAAGGCUGCAGUUUGCCACUCUACAGAUACGAUACGAACAACGCGAUAGCAAAAGCUUUAACCUGGCGAAGACGGAAGGCAGAUUCGUAGCAGCUGUGCCCUUUCAAGGAAAUAUGAAGAUUAACGCAACCACCAAAAUGGCCACUCCGAUUGAAGAGAAAUUCGAUCAGAAUUUGAAGACACGCACUGGAAUGGUGAUGAUCAGCGAUGGCAAAACCAAACCAGAACUGGCGCGACUUCACCUAUCGAUGGAAAUGAUCACCAUCCAGAAGCAGGACACAUCCACACCGGUGCCAACGCCAACCAGCGCCAUCCAUCCGCCAAUAGAAUCAAAGGAACGUAUGGUACAAAUUACACGACAGAAAGUCGGCGGCCUAGGAUUAAGCAUAAAGGGAGGAGCCGAACAUAAACUUCCAAUUCUGAUAUCUCGCAUCUACAAGGACCAAGCUGCUGACGCAACAGGUCAGCUUUUCGUGGGUGAUGCGAUUAUCAAGGUUAAUGGUGAAUACAUAACUGCCUGCCCACACGAUGAUGCCGUGAAUAUUCUUCGAAAUGCUGGUGACAUUGUAGUCCUAACUGUUAAACAUUACCGAGCAGCAACACCGUUCCUUCAAAAGCAACUGAGUAGGGAGACUCCCGAGUCGGACAAUGAUGCAACCUGCGCCGAAUUGAAGGCAGACGAGGUCUGGAAAUCGGCAAACAACAGCAGACCAGUUUCCAUCAGCUCCGAGCCGGAAAAUCGAUGGAUUGAUUUAGUGUCGGUUCCCCUCAUGAUGGCCUACGUGACACGAUACAUCUACGGCACGGAUAAGCUUCGACCGAAUGCAUUCGAAGUACGUGGCCUCAAUGGAACCACAACGGGAAUAAUUCACUGUGACGAGCUGGCAAUCCUCAGUCAAUGGCUCAAAUACAUCACCGACAACAUUGUGGGGUUGACCAGUUUACAGAUGAAGCUGUACAACCGCAACUUUCCCGUCGGUGAACGGAUCGAGUACAUGGGUUGGGUGAACGAGGGUGUCAUCAGUAACCACAUCUCCUGGCAGAGCUACAAACCCCGCUUCCUGGUCCUGAAGGGCACAGAGGUGAUGCUAUUCGAUGCACCCCCACUGAAUGUGGCCGGCUUACAGAAAGCAACCGUAGCCUACAAAGUGUACCAAACUAUGUUUCGGGUGGUGAAGGAGUCCGAGACGGUCGACUCCCGGCAGCAUUGCUUCCUGCUGCAGAGCUCGGGUCACGAACCACGGUACCUUAGUGUGGAAACGCGGCAAGAACUUCUGCGAAUCGAGAAUAGCUGGAAUGCUGCCAUCGUUACUAGUGUAAUUAAAUUAGGGCGUAAAACAUUCGCUGUAUCUCAUCAUGGAAAGACUGGCGGUCUAACCCUGGACUGGCAAGCCGGCUUUUCUCUAACGGAAGGCGCCGAUGCCAACAUUAUUUGGCAGUACAAAUUCUCCCAGCUGAGGGGUUCAAGUGACGAUGGAAAAUCUAAACUAAAGCUGCACUUCCAAGACCAUGAAACGCGAUCCAUCGAAACUAAGGAGCUCGAAUGUCAAGUUCUACAAAGUUUGCUCUUUUGUAUGCAUGCGUUUUUAACGGCUAAAGUUGCUUCGGUUGACCCAGCCUUUUUGAGUUCGAUUCAGCAGGCUUGAAUUUGCGCUGAAGCUGCCACAGAUCGAGAUGCCGGAGAAUGUGAUGACGACGAUGACACUGGCAGCGUGCUUCAGAUUACAAUUGUAGAACCGUAAGCAAUUCCGUAGAUUAAACGCAAUUAUUGAAGGGGAGAACCUAAGCAGAAACAAACAAUCAAAAUUCGCCCUACAAUGGCGCAGCCUAGUUUAAUUAGGAUUGCGAAACAAGCGGUAGGUGUGUUAGUACAGGUUACCCAGUCACAAAGCUACGCAAAAGCAUGAUAUUCAGUCGUGUUUUCCAGAAUUGAAACUUAAUUAAGCGACUACAACUAAAAUUGACUGAUUUUCACAAAAAGUAUUUGCUUUAGUUUGAGGUAUUUCGUAGAUAUAGUCUUAUUUAGUCUCUAAAUCAAAUUAAAAACAUGAGAAGAGAAACGAAUUGGAGCCAACUGAUGGUGAUGAUAUACUCUCUUAUGUUCUCCAUUGAAGGUGCUAACUGAGAAGGGCUGAAGUCAAUUCUAGCCCGGUGUGGAAGACAAGCAUAAAAAAUGUAAUUGCUAUUCCUAUCGAAGGCGAACAUGUUCAUUACGAUGUGAAGCCACAUUAAUAGUAAAUGCAUUCAACGAACUUGAUAACAAGGGCAGUGUAAUUAAAAAACCAAAUAAUUUUGAGAAAAAAAAGGUACACGAGGUUGUGUGAGGAUGAUUGAGCGAGAAUAUGUGCUAGCCUUUAGGGCGAUAAGAGAAAAAUAAUUCGGAUAAGUGAGCGGUACUAAGCUUUUCGAUAAU